CGAUCACGGUGGCGUUGUACCAUCCGUGCGCAAUCAUCGCGUCUGUGCCCCCGAUAAAACACAAAUGUCCCGCACAUCCACGUCCACAUAACUAAUACCCCCCCACACACCCCGCUCGCUCUCCCUGCAGCCAGCCACCAUGUCCGCCCCCGACCUGCCCACGCCCCUCGCGCUCCCGCUCUCCGAGACCGACCUCGCCGCGAUCAACGCCCACCUGCGCCCGCUCACGCCCGAGGAGAUCCUCCGCUGGGCGCUCGACCACCUCCCGGGGCUGCACCAGACGACCGCGUUCGGCCUCACGGGCCUCGUCGCGAUCGACAUGCUCGCCAAGCUCACCCCCGCCCCGCCCCCGCUCAUCUUCCUCGACACGCUCUACCACUUCCCAGAGACGUACGCGCUCGUCGAGGAGGUGAAGACGCGCUACGGCGUCCCCGUCGCGGUGUACACCCCCGAGGGGUGCGCGACCGUCGCCGAGUUCGAGGCGAAGUUCGGCGAGCGCUUGUGGGAGACGGACGAGGAGAGGUACGAUUUCGUGGUCAAGGUCGAGCCCGCACGCCGCGCGUACGACGCCCUCGGCGUGCAGUCCGUCAUCACCGGGCGGCGGGCCUCGCAGGGCGGCGCGCGCGCGACGCUGCAGCCGCUCGAGGUGGACGCGACGGGGCUCCUGAAGCUGAACCCGCUCUUCGCGUGGCCGUUCCCGCUCGUGGACUGGUACGUGCGCACGCACGGCGUGCCGCGCAACGCGCUGCUCGACCGCGGGUACCGCAGCGUCGGCGACUGGCACAGCACGGCGCCGAGCGGCGCGGGGGACGCGGGGGAGCGCGCGGGGCGCUGGGCGGGCAAGGAGGAGAAGACGGAGUGCGGGCUGCACGUGGACUAUUUCGCGGUGAAGGCCAAGGCGCUCAAGGAGCAGGAGCAGGGGUCCACCACGGCGUCGGACGGCGCUAGCAGUCGAGAGACAAAGGCGUGACCGCGUUGGGAUGCUGUGUCCCCGGCCGCGCACGUAUCAUACGAGUAUGUACCAUCAUACGUAGACAGUCCGGCGCCCAACGGCCUGCGAUCUGUCUUUUGUUCUGCGUCCCCUGAACUCGGCGCAUCCGAUGACAAGCACC